AUGGAGAGACACAGCUGCAGCCAGACCAGGGGCCAAAGCAGGGCCAGGGCAGAGGAAGGAGUACCCCAGCUUCUCUCCUUCUCUCGGAUCUCCUGCGAGUGGGUACUGCCCAACAGAAAGCCAGCUGAGGGGCGGGCCCAGGGACGCAGCCAAGCGUCAGCCUCCCAGGCAAAGAGCAGGUCAGAGCAGGGGUGGAUGGGGAGGGUAAGGGGGUGGAUGAAGGAGAAUAACAAGCACGGGGUGGCGCGGUGGGGGCGGCGGACAGGAUUAUGCUCCACCACCGCCUCCCACUUCGCGGAUGAGAAGAUGGAGGCGCAGAGACAGGAAGUCAGGUGCCGGCUGUCACAGAGCUGGGAAGGCGGAGCUGCAAGAGAAGCGCAAGGCUCCGAGGCGGUGGUCCCUCGGCCCAGCCUCCCAGGACAGGCCGGCGGCCCCCAGGUGUUAAGCGUCGGUCUCCCCCGCUCUCCGCCCGGGCACCCGUCCCCGCACGCCCCGCCCCCUGUCGCCGGCCGUCCCUCCGCCCCUGCGGCGGGCGGGGAGAGCGGGGCUGGCGCGGCGCCCGGCCUGAGUCACACGCAUGAGGCAGCACGACAACACGCACACCCCCAGCCCACCAAGGGGAGGGCCCGGCCCGGGGCUCCGGAGGGUGGACGCGCAGGGACUCCCCUGCCUGCCGGGGGCGGUGGGGGGGCAGGUCGGGGCCAGCAACUGGGGUCCCAGUGGCCCUUACGCAAACUUCUGCUGAGCGCCAAGGCCCCCUUAGGCCUGGUGAGAGGCUCGCGGUGUGCAGAAGAACCAAACAAAGCCCUGGAGGAUUCCGGCGAAUCCCUGGCCUUGUGUGGGCUCCUCCCCCCACCCCCAGCCCACCUCCUCCUCAGCCCAGGCCCCCGCCCUUCGACCUCCACCCUGCUUUCCUUUCCCUGUCGACUCUGGCCCGUGGCCCGUGGGGCUGUGAGUCCUCCUCGGCGCCCCAUGUGCUUCUGGAUCAGAAAGGCAGCAGCCCCUCCUGUGCAUUCCCAGUAUGGAGACCCCCAGAGCCGCACUCUCAACCCUAAGAAAAGUUCAGGGGGCCACCACUGGCCUCACAAGGCCAGGGAGAGCUGCCCCGAGCUUAGCUGCGCCCAGGAGAGGGGCCUAGAAAGGCCGCCAGCCCCGGAGCCCGGGCCUGGAAGCCUGGGCAGCCUUGGGGAAGGCUGCGGGAUUGGCCCCCAGCGCCUUCCCGCCCUGGCGUCCCCGCCCCCACCCGGCCGAGCACGUGCUGCCCCCGGCCCGAGCGCCCGUCCGGCCCCGCUCCCCACCCCCACCGGAAACAUUCCUGAAACAUUCCUGAAACUAGGAGGCCCGGCCCCUCUGGUUCCCCACCCCGCCUCCACGUUGGGCUCAGGGUUUUCCUGGCGUCCCCCUCCACCGCCGGCUCGCCCCCUGAGGAGGGGGCUGGGCCGGGGCCUCCAACGGCCACGGAGGAAGAAGGGGAGCAAGGAAAAACAUGAGUCACAGCCGUGUGUCAUUGGGCCGCAUUGCAAUUCCCUGAACCACGGGAGGUGUGGAAGGCCGCCUCAGGGACCAGGGGCGGGGAGGUGCAGGCCCGGCCUGCAGGGCGCGCCUGACAGCGCCCUUUCUUCUCCCACCGCCCUCCCCGCCAUCUUCCCACUUUGGCUUCCUUCUCGUUUGUACAAGUCUUUGUUGCGCCGGGCAUGGCGGGGAAAAUCUAGGAGCCGCGUACCUGGGCGAAGGGAGCGGCGGGUAGGCCGCGAAAUUCUCCAACCGGCGUGUUUCUCUCCACCCCUGCCGCCCGCACGGACCCCCGCAAGCACCAACACCCGCCCACAUCCACGCGCCCCGCGGGCGCCAGGCCCACACACCCGGAAGGCCCCAAGAGGUGACUCUCCUGGGGACCCCCAUUCCAUGCAGUUCCCAGCCCAGGCCUCCCGCGCGCGCCCGCCCCCAGAAGCCCGGCACCGCUCGCCCCUCCCCGCACUCAGCACCCACCCGCGCAGCGGCGGCGGCGGCGGCGGCUGGCGGGCGGCCGCCCUUUUAAAUCCCCGGGCUCAUUUGCAUGGCCCCGCCCCCCUCAGUGACACGGCUGGCGCGGGCGGGCCCGUCCCCCCUGCCCCUGGGUCGCUCUUUUUAAGCUCCCCUGAGCCGGGGCUGCGCUCCUCUAAUUGGGACUCCGAGCCUGGGCUAUUUCUGGCCCUGGCGCGGCUCCAAGAAGGCAUCCGCAUUUGCUACCAGCGGCGGCGGCGGCGGAGCCAGGCCGGUCCUCAGCGCCCAGCACCGUCGCUCCCGGCAGCCCGGAGCGCGCACCGCAGGCCGGCGGCCGAGCUCGCGGUGAGUCGUCCCCGGGGCCCGCGGCGGCGGCGGCGGAGGGGGGCGCCCGCGCCCCCGCUGCACGCCGCCCCUCCUGCAAGCCGCCCGGGGCUGCAGCGCGCGCCUCCGGCUUUAUUCCCAGGCCGGGGCUGCGCGAGCCGCCGGCGGGGGAGGGCCGCGCGGCGCGGGGGCGGGCGGCGGGGCCCGGCGGCGCGGGGAGGGCACCGGCACCCCUUCCCCCGCGCCGCGGGCGCCCUGCGGGGGGCGGGGACCCGGGAAAAGCGCGCGGUGGGGGAGGGGGCGCGCGGCUGCGGCGAGCGCGAGUUGUGCACCCGGCGGAGCCCGGUGCACCUCGCGCGGCCGCCGCUCCCGCCCGAGCCCGAGCCCGGGCCUGGGUUGUGGGGGGCGGGGAGAGGAACGGGCUGCGGCGACAGGGGAGAGUGGGGGGCCGGGUUGCCCCCGCAGCCUGGGGAAGUUCUAGAAGUGAGGGGGAUGGGCAGGAACCCCGCAAUUCGGCCUUACUCCAGCUCGGCCUUUCUCCUGGCGCCCCUCCGCAGAUGA